CAUUAAAAAAAAAUCAACAGUAAUUGGCUAAAAUAUUAUUACAAAAUGUGGAUUGAUGUGGUUUUGCCUAAGGAAAAAUUAUUUGACCUAUAUUGCCAUUCCGAAAAUAUUUUUUUUAUUGUUUUCUUUCUUUAACUCACUUCAUGCUUGUAGGUCUUAAUUAUUUUGUUAGCAGGUUUGAUAUGAAUAAAAUAUCAAGUUGGCAUCUCUGGUUCAAUUUGUAUGUUAUUGUUCUUCUUCUUAGCUUGUGACAAUAAUUCACAAUAGACCACUGCCACUAAUUAAUAAACUAGGCAUUUUUGUAUUUGUUCAAUUAUAUGUCGAAUAUUCAAUGUAAACUUUGUGAACGCUUAAAAAAAACAAACAAAAUAUAAGUCGGUGUGCAUUCCAAAAUGUGUGCAAGUGAAGAUAAAGCAUUUUCUUUUAAAUUCGAAACCGAAGACAACAGCAAUUUUAGCAGCAGUUACCAGCAGGAUGAGGAACAGUCGGAUAUAAACCAAGUGGGCGAGCUAAUACCCAUAAAAACUGCUGAGGGUGGUCAUACCUCAGUGUAUCUGCGCACCGGAAAUAGAUUGUUAUUUUGUUCGGGAAAAUACUUUUACAUUGAACACACGAUCGCACAAACGGAUCAUCAGAAAGAACACACAGGCAUAGUGUGCACUUGCCACACAUGUGGUGUAAAAAUAAAGGGGUCCCUUAAAGUUAGCUCCAAUUUCAUAUGUCACUUGAAGAAUAAACAUCCCGAAGUUUAUCAGGAAUUCCUUAGGCAAAAGGCCGAUUUUAGUGCUCCCUACGUACGAUCAUGGAAGAAAAUAAAUAGCCAUAGGGUAAACCCAUACCUGCCAACGACACCCUUACUAAAUAACUUUAUACAGAACAAUGAAAAGCAGGAGCAGUUUCAACAGAGCGUUCUGCGAUUUCUGUUAGCUACAAACCAGACUUUCGAUGUUGUUGAAAACCCCAGCUUUUUAAAAUUAUUUGAGUUCAGCGAAGUACCUCGGCAAAUGCAUGCGGCUGAAUAUUAUGAAAAACUUGUGGCCGAAGCCUGUGAGUAUAAGAAAUUGGAAUUAUGCCAAACAUUUAACGACGGCAGUGUAUUCGUGUGCAAUACAAUUGAUACCUGGACGUACAACAGCUCCAAAUUUCUAGCAAUAUCUUCGCAUUGGAUAGACGAACACUUCCAAAGACAAUCAGCUUUUGUAGCCUGUAGAAGAUUGUCUAUGGAAGAGGAUUGUGAAGAGGUGCAAAAUAAAGUUUUUGCACAUUUUGGUUUCGUCUCCACAACAAUAACUGCUUGUCCUACCCAUAAUAUACACAACAUGACUGAAGAUUUUAUAAUAUUUGGGCUUUCCAAAGAAGUUCUUGCGGAGCGAGGCAAAAAUUUGCAGGAGGAAAUGAUCUACCAAUUGAAUUUUUUGCCCAUAAGCAACAAGAACGCAAUGCAGUUGGAAAUUUUAAAAUUACAUAAAAUAUGGGUACGAAAUUUCGUAAGCAAACUUAACAACGAUAUGAAACUUGUACAUAGGACAGUUAUAGAAAAAUGUUGCCAUAUUUGGUCUAGUUGGCAUUGCAAAGAUUUUAAAGAGUUUUUCAACUCUCUCUUUGGUGAACCCUUAUCAAAACCCCAAAUAUUUUCUUCGACCUCUAUAUACACGGCCAUUAAACAAUUAGUUGCAAACAAAAAUAAACUAGAGCAACUAUGUCGUUUAAUAAAUAAGCCCUGCUUCAGUUUGGAAGAAAUAGGCUACUUGGAGGAAUUGCUGGAUGUAUUUGAACCCUUGAAUGCAGUAUUUGUAUUUCUGGAUUUACCACAAAAUCACUAUUAUGGCUGCUUUUUGCCCUCGCUUGUUACACUAAAGUGGAAAUUGACACGCCUGUAUAACAGCAAGAAAUUGUUCCGUUUACAAGAUACCUUAAAGCUUCUAAAAGAAGAAAUUCUGCAUGAAUUCAAAGACUAUUACGAUUUAAGUGAGAGUAAAUCAGAGGCUGUAAUAGCAGCACUAACAUAUCCUCCGGUUAAAACACGUUUUCUUAUGGGAUUGAAAGAUAACAUAAAUUGCUUGAGUUUCCAACCACGCACUGUGUUGCUCAAAUAUGGAAAGGAUUACCAUCAACAUCACGAGGACCAGCCAAAUUCAAACAAUAAAAUGUCUGUUUGCCAGGGUCAAAUGUCAAUGGAACAUUCAGCGAAUGGCUCAGACUUCUUUGAUUUCGGAGAUACCACAGAAACUGUUGAUGAUGAAGCUAACCUGCCGCAUACUUUAAGAUUGGAAAUAGACACGUAUUUGGCAGAUGCAGGCUCUACCUUGAUAUCAUUACAAAAGUAUCCAACUAUUAGACGCAUGUUCUACCGAUUUAAUACUUGCAUACCAUCCCCAACUUCGGUGUAUCGCAUAUUUCCGGUACACGAUAUCUUACAAAGUAGUUUAAGAUUUGACUCGAAUGAACAUUUUGAAAAUUCACUAUUUUACAAAUAUUACCACUGAAGCCGAAUUUCCUAGGAAUACUGUAUUUAUUAGUUUUUAAUAUUUGACUGUAAAUAAAACAAUUAGAAAAUAAAAAUGAAUCUUAAAUAUGAA